AAGAUAGGCCUCGAGCCAAGGUCCCUAAUAUUGGCGCGCAAUAAACCCUUCUCCAAAAUCACUAGGGUUUUAGCACACUUCAAUCCGACAAAGUUCCCGAUAUCUUCGUCCCCAACACAGCUGAACUUCUUCAGCUUCUAUGCAUGAAACUUCACACGUUUAACCCUCAAACCUCAUUUGUACAAUCCAAUCCCAUGGCCUUUUCAACUGGCAUUCGUCUAUUACGCUGUUACCACCACCACUUCACUUUCACUGCAAUACCAUCCCGCUUCUCGGGGCUCCGAAAAGCCUCGUCGGAGCUCCGGUUUCUUUCAUCAGUGACUCCGCCGAGGAAGCAAGUCCGACCGGUAAGUGCCCGCCGGAAAGUCACUGAGGAAGAGGUUGGAGAUGAAGGUAAUGGAAGUGUUAUUCUUAGAGAUAGAGACGGAAAUGAGGGCGGAGGAGGAGGAGGAGGGGAGAGAAUUGUACAUACCGAGCUUCACAAGGAGGCUACUGAGGCAUACAUGUCUUAUGCAAUGUCAGUGCUGCUGGGUCGCGCUUUGCCUGAUGUUAGGGACGGGUUGAAGCCAGUGCACAGGCGAAUACUAUACGCAAUGCAUGAGUUGGGGCUUUCUUCCAAGAAACCAUAUAAAAAAUGUGCAAGAGUUGUUGGAGAGGUGCUUGGUAAGUUUCAUCCUCACGGAGACAAUGCAGUCUAUGAUUCCUUGGUCCGAAUGGCCCAGGAUUUUUCCUUGCGGUCUCCGCUCAUUCGAGGGCAUGGAAACUUUGGUUCAAUUGAUGCAGAUCCUCCUGCGGCCAUGCGGUACACUGAAUGCCGUCUGGAAGCACUCACUGAGGCCAUGCUAUUAGCAGACCUGGAGCAGAAUACAGUAGAUUUUGUCCCAAAUUUCGACAACUCUCAGAAAGAACCGUCGCUACUUCCUGCUCGUAUUCCGAACUUGUUGUUAAAUGGUGCUUCUGGGAUUGCGGUUGGCAUGGCUACCAAUAUUCCCCCCCAUAAUCUUGGGGAGCUCGUGGAUGCGCUAUCUGCACUGAUUCAUAAUCCAGAAGCCACGCUGCAAGAACUGUUGGAGUACAUGCCUGGUCCUGACUUCCCAACUGGCGGAAUAAUUAUGGGCAACAUUGGAAUUUUGGAGGCGUAUAGGACUGGAAGAGGACGAGUAGUAAUUCGAGGGAAGACUGAUAUUGAAUUACUCGACGCCAAGACAAAACGUGCUGCAAUAAUUAUCCAAGAGAUUCCUUAUCAAACAAACAAAGCGUCCCUUGUUGAGAAAAUUGCUGAUCUUGUGGAAAAUAAGACUUUGGAAGGAGUAAGUGAUAUCCGUGAUGAGAGUGAUCGAUCAGGAAUGCGUGUAGUCAUUGAGCUUAAAAGAGGGUCUGAUCCAGCCAUCGUGUUGAAUAAUCUUUACCGUCUUACUGCUCUGCAAUCCAGUUUUAGUUGCAACAUGGUCGGUAUUCUCAAUGGUCAACCGAAGCUGAUGGGGUUAAAGGAAUUGCUCCAGGCAUUUUUGGAUUUUAGAUGCUCUGUUGUUGAAAGGCGGGCUAAGUAUAAACUUUCACAAGCACAAGAAAGAAGCCAUAUUGUUGAGAGGCCUAAACAGGUUCUGCCUACGAGAAGGCAGGCUUAUGCCAGUUACCAGGAAAAAAGUUCUUUUCCAUUCUGUAAUUUCCUUCUCGGGAUCGUUCCUUCUUCCAGUAACCAUUUGAUGGGUAUUAUAAUUGGACUUGAUAACUUGGAUGAGGUCAUCAAUACAAUCAGAAAAGCAUCAAGCCAUGCGCUCGCAACUGCCAAUUUGAGAAAAGAAUUUGAAUUGACUGAAAAACAAGCUGAAGCUAUAUUAGAUAUAAGCCUGAGAAGGCUUACAGCACUCGAGAGAAAUAAAUUUGUUGACGAGGGGAAAUCUUUGAGAGCGCAAAUUUCCAAGUUAGAGGAGCUUUUGUCUAGUAAGAAGCAAAUACUCCAGUUGAUUGAAGAAGAAGCACUUGAAAUAAAGGACAAGUAUUUCACUCCGAGGCGUUCACAGUUAGAGGAUACAGACAGCGGUAAUCUUGAAGAUAUAGACGUGAUUCCGAAUGAAGAAAUGCUACUGGCAAUUAGUGAGAAGGGCUAUGUUAAACGGAUGAAACCUGACACAUUUAAUCUACAAAAUCGCGGGACAAUUGGCAAAUCAGUGGGUAAAUUAAGAGUAAAUGAUGCCAUGUCUGAUUUCCUUGUUUGCCGGGCCCAUGACAAAGUUCUCUAUUUUAGUGAUAAAGGUACCGUGUACUCUUCUCCAGCUUACAAGAUUCCUGAAUGCAGCCGAACUGCAGCCGGCACUCCUUUAAUUCAGAUAUUGUCCUUGUCUGAUGGCGAGAGAAUAACUUCAAUUAUUCCUGUGAGCGAAUUUGCGGGAGAUCAGUAUCUUGUGAUGCUUACUGUGAAUGGAUAUAUCAAAAAAGUAUCAUUGAACUAUUUUGCCUCUAUUAGGUCUACAGGAAUAAUUGCGACUCAAUUGGUCCCAGGUGAUGAAUUAAAAUGGGUGAAAUGUUGCUCAAAUAAUGAUUUUGUUGCAAUGGCUUCACUAAAUGGAAUGGUGAUUUUGACGCCUUGUGCAAAUAUAAGAGCUCUUGGUAGAAAUACUAGAGGCUCUGUUGCCAUGAGACUAAAAGAUGGGGAUAAAGUGGCUAGCAUGGACAUUAUACCAGAUGCUUUGCAGAAGGAAUUGGACAUGACCUUGGCAGUUCAUCAAAGAAAUAGAAGGAGCAUGAAUGGCCCAUGGCUGCUGUUCGUGUCAGAAAGCGGUUAUGGGAAGAGAGUUCCAGUUAGCAGAUUCCGCACAUCACCUUUGAAUAGAGUCGGUUUAAUUGGUUACAAGUUUUCAUCUGAAGAUCGCCUGGCAGCAGUAUUCGUAGUUGGAUUCUCCUUUGGAGAUGAUGGUGAGAGUGACGAGCAAGUUGUUCUUGUGAGCCAGAGUGGAACGGUGAAUCGCAUAAAAGUUCGGGACAUCUCUAUCCAGUCCCGGUAUGCGAGAGGAGUAAUUUUGAUGCGUCUUGAGCAUGCUGGGAAAAUUCAGUCAGCCUCAUUGAUCUCAGCAGCAGAUGCCGAUUCAGAUUCAGAUCCUGAAGUGGAAGAUGCAGCAGCAGUAGAAGCAUAGUGUCCCUACAUUUGACCUAUAUAACGUGCAGGUUAUUUGCAGCGUCAGUAGCUGUAGGAUGAUGGGUUUUGUACAGCUGAUGAUGUAAUCUUGUAGAUACACUUCUGUACUUCUCUAAAUAUCCCUCUUUGAUGGUUGCUGGGGAGAUCUAUCAUUUUUUACCCGAUAGGGAGGAUCUAAUCCGUGUCAGUUGUUCUAGUC